AUGUCAAGUGCAGGUGGUAAAGCUAUUACAAUCUGCUUAGUGGCUGGGUUGAGUUGGUAUACCGGUGUGAAGUUUUGGCAACCUUUAAUAAUCGAGCGUUUACAACAAGAUGGCAAUUUAAGAGAUGAUGUUUACAUUCGUGAUACAUCAGAUCAGCCUAAAUCAUGGAGCGACUUGAAAGAAAAGGUUAAAACAACCUUACAUCCUAAUAACCCAUCAAUCGGAAAAGAAGAAUUAAUUAAGGAGUUCAAUAAAGAGAAGCAAGAAACUAUAGAUAGCAGUAAAUAG